UAUGUUCUCAGGCAGGCCGUCCCGGUCCCAAGGCCGAGGGGCCGUGACCAUAGCCGUGACGGAGCAAGCCUGGACCCUGGACCCUUUAUCUCGCGAGAACACACGGGCUUGGACAACAAGUACGUGGCUUCAUAGGCUGAGGAGGACUGGGAGUGUUUUCAAGACAAAUAUACGGGAUGUAUAUUAACCCUAUUUGAACCGAUUUGAACGGAUGCUUCAGCAGCGGUACCGGAAGCAGAAUAACGGGAACAGCGGCAGUACCGGGAGCGGUACCGGGAGCUGGACGGACUGCCGCCGGUGCAGGAGCCUCUGCUGAAGGCUUCCCUGCGGACUGCUAACGGCAACCGGCAGCCUGUCGGUGUGAUAUGGCGGAGAGCGGCUCUCUGCCGAGCUCGACGCUUCCGCCGCCGAGGACUCGCAUCUUUAAGAUCAUCGUGAUCGGGGACUCGGGGGUCGGGAAGACCUGCCUCACCUACCGCUUCUGUGCCGGGAGGUUCCCCGAGAAGACCGAGGCCACCAUCGGGGUGGACUUCCGGGAGAGGCUGGUCGACAUCGACUGCGAGAAAAUCAAGAUCCAGUUGUGGGACACCGCGGGUCAGGAGCGCUUCAGGAAGUCCAUGGUGCAGCACUACUACCGCAACGUGCAUGCUGUUGUCUUUGUCUACGACGUGACCAACGCUUCCAGCUUCCGCAGCCUGCCGGCCUGGAUCGAGGAGUGCAAGCAGCACGCUCUGGGCACAGAGGUACCCAGGAUCCUAGUCGGAAACAAGUGCGACCUUCAAGACUCAGUCCAAGUGGGCACAGACGUGGCGCAGCAGUUCGCCGACGCCCACUCCAUGCCCCUGUUUGAGACGUCUGCCAAGAACCCAAACAGCCAGGGAGAUGGAAGCGGUGGCGGAGGAAACAGUGACCACGUUGAGGCGAUUUUUAUGACUGUGGCCCACAAGCUGAAGUCUCAGAAGCCCCUGGUGUUGAGCCAGCCGCCCGGGGGAUCGGGGGGUACCGUCCACCUGAGCAGGGGGAGGGAUGAUGGGGGAGACGGGGCCAGGAGCUGGGGCUGCAGCAGCUGCUGAGGCUGCACAGGAGGACCCCAGAGAAUGAAAAGCUGAGCGGCUUCACAAUCAGCACAAACAUGCAGAUGAAUCUCGUUCCAAAGCCCGUGCUUAACUUUAUAAAUUACUUUAAAUGUUUUAAAGUGGUAUUUACAGUACAAUUUGUUGUUUUGUGGAAGCCAAAAUCUGUCGUUGGUUCAAUGGAAAGGAUUCUGAACAAGAGGCUGCACCCUGCUGAGCUUUUAAAGUCACUUUUUCUUCAUGGAGACACAGUGGCAUUAACACAUGAUUUGCCAUAGAAAUGUCUUUCUUUCUACAACAGCUUUACUAAGAUAUGAUGGGAGAGCAGACCGUCGGGGUGGACAUAAUAACAGAAGACAUUAUUUGGUUUUGAUUCAGCCGUCUCACUAAAGGUGACCUGCAGUGUUUCUCAUCAAAACGCAAAGUGUAGUUGUGAAUGCAUUUCCUUUCUUUAAAAUGUAUUUGCAAAAGGCAAUAUUUCAAAUAUUUAGAAACUAUCUAUGUAUCUAUUAAACUGCUGAAUGUGUUAUCGCCACCAGCUGCGGGUCAGUCUUUACCAUACGUGUAUGUUCAGUACGUUUCAGUGAAAAGAUGUCUGCCGCCGCUCGUGGUCAAAAAAAUUCACAUCAAAUCAAUGUUGUGUUGGCAGCACGUGCUGAGCCAACUCAGUGAAAUGAGGGAUUACUGGACAACAACUCCUAUGUAAUCCCAUCCAGGUUUACCCAAAAUCCGAAGGGAAUACUCGACCGCUCUGUUUUUGAUACGUUUCGCUGUGAGGGCAGCUGGGAGCUCGCUGUCAGCGGUCAAGGCUUGCCCACUUUGGGCUGGCAGUCAGCUGAUGAGUUAUGCAUGGUCUUAUUGGAGGCCUCCUCCCACUCUGUGCUGUAUCCCAUGACCCUGUUCCUUUUCUCGAGCAGGGCUCCAGGCUAACUAGUGACUCAACUUACUGAUAAAUGCUCUGGGAAGAUAUUUACAGAAAUAACAACGUGCUGUUCUGAAGGAAAAGUAGUGCUUUAAAAAUAGUCCUGAAGUAAUCUUUCACGUUGCUAUGAGUGGUCGUGCUGCGUGCCAUGAAAAAAAAGUAACAUCAGUGAUUUGGUCAUCCUCCCAGAGGACAGGGUAACCAGCUGCCUGAAAGGCUCCGGAUCAUUAGCAUUUCAUCUUUAUUAUCUCGUUACUUUAUCUACUGGUUGUCGUAAACAGCAGAACGGGACUAAAUGGUGGCAGCGUGGGGUCAGCCGGCCCGUCAAGAGAGGGAAAGGGGCCGUUCUUCUGUAGUGUGCACCUCUGCAGGUGCUGUACACCAAGGCUGCUGCCUUCAUCCCCAGCUUCUCCCGUAUGGAAGCUUGUGAUUCAGUAUUCAGCAUGUCGCUGUUAAAUCCUUGAGCUGGGUGGCGUUACCGUGCACAGCUCCUCCGCUGCUCACGCUCUGCAUUACUGCUCACUGUGACGGUUUGAUUGGUUUACGUUUGGUUGCUGCUUUCUUCAAGUGUCCUUUGUUUUUAAUACAUACCCCCCCACCCCCACACUUAAGACUUCCUUUGCCUCAUCUUCACUUCAGCCAUGAACACAUAAUGCUCCUGUAUCUCUCAUUGCCCAGAAAGAAAAGUGCUAUCCCUUCACAGUGACUAAGAACCAAACUACUGGGAGGAUAGAAUGGUUUGUAAUAAAGUACCCUGAACAUUUCAAA